CCGAUAUCUAUGCUCCAGAUUGUCAAGCGGAUCCUUGCUUCCGAGGACCCCACCAGAGUGCCUUUCUCACGAUUCACGCAAUCCCUUUAUAUACUCUUGACGCCAAAAAACGACUACUCUCAUUGCUAGUCACUGUGCUCACGCUCUGCUGCUAUACGUCGACAAUCGCGACGGCUGCACUCGAAUCUCGUAGAUGAGAAGAGCUCGUUCACCAGCCCCCCCUUGGCCCAAAAACCUUUACUUAUGCCUCACUCGAUUAAUCGUUGCAAUGCAGACAACCAUUGGUUAUCUUGCUAUCUUGCUACACGUACCGGAAACUCCGCCGAACACGAGCCUUCCUAGCCAGGAAAUACACAGUCAUGUCGCCUCCAAAACCGCACCCAUCUCAUCACGGAUCGUCAGUCUAUCAUCACCGAGCAUUUGCGUCGAGGCAUGUUGGUCCUAUCCGGCACCUAGAAGCAGAUGCCGGGGGUCUUCGGCAAUCACGAAUAACGUCGUGUGGGAAAUGUCAACUCGUGCUGGGCGCAGGAAGGGGUCUACUUUGUGUGAUUUAUACAUCACGCAUCCCGCAGCGAGGUUUCAGUAGUCAAUGCGCACCUUGACUUCCAAACAAGAUCAUCUACUGCGUGCCUUUCCCCACAGAAGAUACCACUGACAAAGAGCCGAUUUCGAACCCAACCCUGCACGCCACAGUU